GUCUGCGGGGCCGCCGCCGCAGAGAGGAGGAGGAGGACUGGGACGUCGGGCUGCCGGGGCCGCCUGGGCGAGCUCCAGCGGGAGGGUGCUGCGCUCGCACACAAACUCACGCUGUGCCUGACACACACUCACCGCCCAGCUCCGCUCUUUCCACUGAGCCUUUCCCAUUCACAACGGCACGGCAGCGGCAGCCGCGGCAAUCCUGCCGCUCACACCCUCCUGCAGCAGCAGCAGCACGUUGGACUUACUAGACUCAAGCAGUUUGCUCUUUAUUUCUAGUUGGGGGGAGGGAGUAUUUUGGUGGGUGCUGAGGGAAGAAAUCCCUGUUGCAGAAUGUUGCCUAAUCAUCCCUGAAGGAAGUUAGGAGAGGAACUCUGCAGAUUGAACUGGUUAGAGAGAGAGAGAGAGAGAGAGAGGAGUCAGAAUAGCCAAACCCAGCCAAUGUUUUUCCUGCAAAGUGCUGAGAAGUUUGUGGAACACUUUCCAGGAAUCAGGUCCUUUUUCAAAGUAUUUUCCUCUUGUCUUCCGAAAAAAGAACUUGGCUUUGGAUUGCCAUGGAUCCUAAGGAGAGUCUUAGACACACUUGAAUAAUUCCUCUGCUUGAGCUGGAUUGGUGGGAAUUUAGGAGGCUGUGUGUGCAAAGCAGAAGCCUUUGGAGCUCUCUUUGCUAAUCUGGAUGGAUCUAAAAGUGUCAUCUUCAAGACCUCGCCAUCUGCAGCUUUUGCUUUUAAGAUUUUCCCCUUCACUUUAUUUAGCUGCUAGGAAAGUCUAAACUUUUGGACCUACCUCUUGUUUUUGGGUACUUUUUUGUGUUACUCUGGGAUUGGUGUCUCAAGCCAUCUGGAUUGCUUUUAAUAUGUCAAAAUGGGUCUGCUGAUGCCACUCCUGCUGUUUGGAUUUGUAUAUUUUCAAGUUUAUGGAUCCCGUCUUCGCCAGGAGGACUUUCCACCACGGAUUGUUGAGCAUCCUUCAGAUGUGAUAGUCUCUAAGGGAGAGCCAACAACUCUGAACUGUAAAGCCGAAGGAAGGCCAACUCCCACUAUUGAAUGGUACAAGGAUGGAGAGCGAGUAGAGACUGACAAAGAUGACCCCCGCUCCCACCGUAUGCUGCUGCCCAGCGGAUCUUUAUUUUUCUUACGCAUUGUACAUGGACGCAGGAGCAAACCUGAUGAAGGAAGUUAUGUUUGUGUUGCGAGGAACUAUCUUGGUGAAGCUGUGAGUCGCAAUGCAUCUCUGGAAGUAGCAUUGCUACGGGAUGACUUUCGCCAAAACCCUACCGAUGUUGUUGUGGCAGCUGGAGAACCUGCUAUUCUGGAGUGCCAGCCUCCUCGAGGACAUCCUGAGCCCACAAUCUACUGGAAGAAAGAUAAAAUCCGCAUUGACGACAGGGAAGAGAGAAUCAGUAUACGAGGUGGGAAACUAAUGAUCUCAAACACGAGGAAAAGUGAUGCUGGCAUGUACACUUGUGUCGGUACCAACAUGGUGGGCGAACGAGACAGCGAUCCAGCAGAGCUGACUGUCUUUGAACGACCCACGUUUCUCAGGAGACCAAUUAACCAAGUGGUUCUGGAGGAAGAAGCUGUAGAAUUCCGAUGUCAGGUCCAGGGGGAUCCUCAGCCAACAGUCCGGUGGAAGAAAGAUGAUGUGGAUUUGCCAAGAGGAAGAUAUGACAUCAAAGAUGAUUACACCUUACGCAUUAAAAAGGCCACGAGCACAGAUGAGGGAACCUACACAUGCAUUGCUGAGAAUCGAGUUGGAAAAGUAGAAGCCUCUGCCGCCCUCACAGUUCGAGGUGAGUGCUACACUCCCCCACAGUUUGUGAUAAGGCCACGAGACCAGAUCGUAGCCCAGGGAAGAACAGUGACUUUUCCCUGUGAAACUAAAGGAAAUCCCCAGCCUGCUGUUUUUUGGCAAAAGGAAGGCAGCCAGAAUCUACUCUUUCCAAACCAGCCUCUCCAGUCCAACAGUAGGUAUUCAGUAUCACCAACAGGCGACCUCACUAUUACUAACAUUCAACGAUCUGAUGCAGGCUACUACAUCUGUCAGGCAUUGACGGUUGCUGGGAGCAUUUUAGCAAAAGCUCAACUGGAAGUUACUGAUGUUUUGACAGAUAGGCCUCCACCCAUCAUUCUCCAAGGUCCAGCCAAUCAGACGCUGGCAGUAGAUGGGACAGCUUUGUUGAAGUGUAAGGCCACUGGCGACCCACUUCCUGUUAUUAGCUGGUUAAAAGAAGGAUUCACAUUCUUGGGCAGAGAUCCUAGAACAUCAAUACAGGAGCAGGGGACCUUGCAGAUUAAAAGUCUACGCAUAUCUGACACUGGCACUUACACAUGUGUGGCCACAAGUUCAAGUGGGGAGACAUCCUGGAGCGCUGUGCUAGAGGUGACAGAGUCUGGUGGAGCAACAAUCAGUAAAAAUUAUGAUUUGAAUGACCUUCCUGGGCCACCAUCCAAACCCCAGGUCACUGAUGUUACUAAGAACAGUGUCACCUUGUCCUGGCAGCCAGGCACACCUGGAAACUUACCAGCUAGUGCAUAUAUCAUUGAAGCUUUUAGCCAAUCUGUGAGCAAUAGCUGGCAAACAGUUGCUAAUCAUGUAAAGACAACACUCUACACUUUAAGAGGAUUGCGACCCAAUACAAUCUACCUGUUUAUGGUGAGAGCAAUCAACUCACAAGGUCUGAGUGACCCCAGCCCUAUGUCAGAUCCUGUCCGCACACAAGAUAUCAGCCCACCAGCACAAGGAGUGGAUCACAGGCAAGUCCAGAAAGAGUUAGGAGACGUCAUUGUACGGCUACAUAAUCCUGUUGUGCUGACACCCACUACAGUUCAAGUCACCUGGACAGUUGACCGCCAAUCCCAGUUUAUUCAGGGCUAUCGAGUAAUGUAUCGCCAAACAUCAGGCCUGUCUUCUCCAAUGACGUGGCAGAAUUUGGAUGUGAAAGUCCCUACUGAGCGCAGUGCUGUCCUAGUCAACUUGAAAAAAGGGAUUUCUUAUGAAAUUAAAGUUCGACCCUAUUUCAAUGAGUUCCAAGGAAUGGAUAGUGAAUCAAAGUCUGCCCGUACGACUGAAGAAGCUCCAAGUGCCCCUCCACAGUCUGUUACUGUUCUAACAGUUGGAAACCAUAACAGCACAAGCAUCAGCAUUUCCUGGGACCCUCCCCCGCCAGAUCACCAAAAUGGAAUCAUCCAGGAGUAUAAGAUCUGGUGCCUAGGUAAUGAGACUCGGUUUCACAUCAACAAAACAGUAGAUGCAGCCAUUCGCUCUGUAGUGAUAGGUGGCCUAUACCCUGGUAUUCAGUAUCGAGUGGAAGUUGCAGCAAGUACCAGUGCAGGUGUUGGAGUAAAAAGUGAACCGCAACCCAUAAUAAUUGGAGGUCGUAACGAAGUUGUCAUCACUGAAAAUAACAACAGCAUAACUGAACAAAUCACUGAUGUUGUCAAGCAGCCUGCCUUUAUAGCUGGCAUUGGUGGGGCAUGCUGGGUAAUUCUGAUGGGUUUCAGCAUCUGGCUGUAUUGGCGAAGAAAGAAGAGGAAGGGGCUGAGCAAUUAUGCUGUUCAGUCCUUCACCUUCACCCCUGCAGUCACUUUUCAAAGAGGAGAUGGAGGACUAAUGAGCAAUGGAAGUCGACCAGGUCUGUUGAAUGCAAGUGACCCCAGUUAUCCUUGGCUUGCAGACUCUUGGCCUGCCACCAGUCUGCCAGUAAACAACAGCACUAGUGGACCUAACGAUCUUGGGAAUUUUGGUCGUGGAGAUGUGCUGCCACCAGUGCCAGGCCAAGGGGAUAAAACUGCCACUAUGCUUUCUGAUGGAGCCAUUUACAGCAGCAUUGACUUCACCACCAAAACUAGUUACAACAGUUCCAGCCAAAUCACGCAAGCUACACCAUAUGCCACCACGCAGAUUCUGCAUUCCAACAGCAUCCAUGAGUUGGCAGUUGACUUACCUGAUCCUCAGUGGAAAAGCUCAAUUCAGCAAAAAACUGACCUCAUGGGAUUUGGUUACUCUCUGCCGGACCAAAGCAAAGGCAACAAUGCCUUACUUUACAUCCCUGACUACCGAUUGGCUGAGGGAUUGUCUAAUAGAAUGCCACACAACCAGUCACAGGAUUUCAGCACCACCAGCUCUCACAACAGCUCAGAAAGAAGUGGCAGCCUUUCAGGUGGGAAAGGAGGAAAAAAGAAGAAAAACAAAAAUACUUCCAAGCCCCAGAAAAAUAAUGGGUCUAACUGGGCCAAUAUUCCUCUACCACCUCCUCCAGUGCAGCCGCUCCCAGGCACAGAGCUAGAGCACUAUGGAGAGGACCAGCAAGAAGCAGGAUAUGACAGUGAUGGUUGGUGUCCUCCUUUACCGGUUCAGACAUACUUACACCAGGGCCUGGAGGAUGAGCUUGAAGAAGAUGAUGACAGAGUGCCUACACCACCUGUCCGAGGGGUGGCCUCCUCACCAGCAAUCUCCUUUGGGCAACAGUCCACUGCAACUCUCACACCUUCUCCACGAGAGGAAAUGCAGCCAAUGCUUCAAGCCCACCUUGAUGAAUUAACCAGGGCCUACCAGUUUGACAUAGCAAAGCAAACAUGGCACAUCCAAAGCAAUACUCAACCUCCUCUGGCCCCAGUUCCACCACUGGGAUAUGUAGCUGGAACCCUUAUUUCAGAUUUGGAAACAGACAUUCCAGAUGAUGAUGAGGAUGAUAUUGAAGAAGAAGCUAUAGAAAUCACUAGGCCACUAAGAGGUCUAGAGCAUACUCCGGGAUCCAGUAUGGACAAUCUAGACAGCUCUGUGACAGGUUCAAUGGUAAAUGGAUGGGGUUCUGCGUCUGAUGAGGACCGUAACUUUUCUAGUCAUAGAUCUAGUGUAGGUAGCUCCUCAGAUGACUCGAUCUUUACCAGCGGCAGUUUUGCACAAGCACUGGUUGCAGCAGCAGAUAAAGCUGGGUUUAGGCUGGAUGGAACCAGCCUGACAAGAACAGGCAAAGCGUACCCUUCCUCUCAGCGACCUCGGCCAAGCAGCCCAUUUUCAACUGACAGUAACACCAGUGCAGCCCUGAAUCAGAGUCAGAGGCCUAGGCCUACUAAAAAACACAAGGGGGGUAGAUUGGACCAACCUCCAUUGCCUCACCGCAGGGAGGGAAUGACAGACGAUCUUCCACCACCACCAGAUCCGCCCCCUGGUCAGGGUUUAAGGCAGCAAAUAGGCCCUGGCCAGCGUGGAGGCUCGGCAGAGAGAAAAGGAAGCUCUCUUGAGAGGCAGCAUACUUCCAACAUAGAUGAAACAAAGAGCUCAUUGGAUCGUCAAGCUAGAGCAUCAUUAGAGUGGCAGCGACAAACCCAGGAAUGGAUAAGCUCCACAGAACGUCAAGAAGAUUUCAGGAAAGCCCAACAUAAACAAGCAUUUGGAUCAGAAGAGGCACUGGUGCCAUAUAGUAAGCCCAGUUUCCCAUCCCCAGGUGGUCACAGCUCUUCAGGAACAGCUUCUUCUAAAGGAUCUACUGGACCCAGAAAAGGCGAAGCCUUGCGAGGAGGUCACCAACGCAAUGCUAGUGACCUUCUUGAUGUAGGAUAUAUGGGAUCAAAUAAUCCAGGACAGUUUACUGGUGAAUUAUAGUAGUUGAGAAGAGACAUCCCAAGCUGCUCUGAAGGACCAUCAGGUCUGAACUCAUGGAAGUGAUGACACUAAACAGUGCAAUGAACAUUUUCUUUAUUUAUGUACUAUUAAAAGAACUGUAAAUGCAAUGUAAAGACACACAGCCACACAUAUCCCACAGAUACUUGUGUUCGUCUCUUUAAUACACCAUCCACCUUAAACUAUUUCUUGUCAGGAGUAUAUAAAAAAGAAAGAAAAAAAAAAUCACCCUCCAGGAUGAAAAUGAUUUCUCUCUGUAUAUAAUUUCUUUUGUUGCAUUGCUAUGCAAGCUCACCUUCUUUUUAGCUAUGUUCAUAUUAUUGUCUGUUCUUAUUGGUCUGUUGUACUAUAUGUGAAUUAAUAGGCUGUGGUGCCAUAUAUUAACUUUUAAUUGUGUAACUUUUAUGUUUAAAGUUUGCACUGCAAUUUUAUUUGGUGAUAAGCACAAAACUCUACUCGUGACAUGAAGAAGAAGAAGAAGAAGAUUGAAUGUGUGAAGAGCGUUUUAUGUGCUGUAAGCUGUGUUGGAUAAUGCUGGAUGUAAUGGAGUAUGGUAAAUGGUUUUUCAUUGGGGUGUAGAAAUAGGAAGAUGACAGGCAAAACUGAUGUUAGCAAAGAUGUCAGGGACAGAAUUAAAUCUUUUAAUAACAAGCAACAUAGUUGCUCUUACUAUUUAAAAAAAAAGAAGGGAUGUCAAAAGAUGAAAAUGUGAGUUUCAAGAGUGAAUAUGAAAAAAGUGACUACAGAGUUGAAUAGUGACCUCUGAAUAGAACGCUAAGCUUCUCAACUCUUAGGAUCAGUUUUUACCUGCCCAAUAUAAUUAAAUAAUGGAGGGGGG